GGAAGAUUCUGCUGUUCCUGGUAACUCUGGUGUCCUUCAUAGUCCCAGCAGCUGUGAUCUACGCCUACGACCUUCCUCCAGGGUCAAUAUCGGCCGGCGUGCCGAUGAAGUCGAUGCAUUGGUUAUCAAAAUAUGGUGUAACUUGCGCCGUGGAGCCGUAUGAGUGCCUACAUCGUGGGGAUCUGGACUGGCCACAUCAUCUUUGA